AUGGAAUCCAGAGUCAUGAGCGGCCGCACGCCAUGGGUGGAGAAGCUUCUCCAGCUGGCAGCGUGCGUCACGGAGAUCCACCGCUUCUCCCGCCGCCUCCUGGACGCCCGCAGUGCCGCCAUCAGCGCCGCCGCUAGAGCCUCUCUCGCAGCCUCUCUCGCAGCCUCUCUCCCAGCGUCAGCACAUUACAGCGUGGCUGGAGCGACGGGCGGAACCACCACCUCAGUGUCAGAGAGUGGCCGGGAUGCUUCGCACAGGGUGCUGGCAGGGGCGGCGGGGGGUGCGAGCGGUUUGCAGUGUGCGUUGGCGACGUGUGUGGAGGAGGAGGCAUUACUGCCGUACACACACGAGGUGGAUCGCCUCUUCUCCUCCCCGCUCCCCGUACGAACCAUCUGGGCCAAGCUCUUCGAGUAUGAGCAGCUGCUGACAGGCCUCGUUAGAGUCACAUGCGCCAUAGAGCAAGGCAACCUCACAGGCGCCCAUCUGCUUCGCUUUCUCGAGCAGGAGAGCAGCUUCGGGCCCAUCCUGCUAUCAAUUGCUCUUGACACGUGCAUCCGCCACUGCCAGCGAGUGUGGGUGGGGCAGCUGGCGCACUGGAUGGCGUUUGGCACCUUGCCCCCCGAUGGCGGCGCCGAGUUCUUCAUCUCCAGUGGUGCACUUCCGUUUUCGUCUCCCCACUCUCGAGAGGCCUGA